GGCCUGUGGGCUUAGCUUCAGACCCCUCCCCCGAAGGAAGGGGGUGUCCCGGGGGGGCCCCCGUCCCCCACGACCCAGCCUCCUUCCCACUGAGCUGUACUAACCCCCUUCUCUCCCCCCCCCCCCCGUCUGUGCAUCCUGCGACCCACAGCACACUCCCAUCCCUCCUCCUGCGAAGUACGGGGGGCGUCACACCGUGACCAUGAUCCCGGGUGACGGCAUCGGGCCGGAGCUGAUGCUGCACGUGAAGGAGGUGUUCAGGCAGGCCUGCGUCCCGGUGGACUUCGAGGAGGUCCGGGUGAGCUCGGACGCGGCGGAGGACGAUAUUCAGAACGCGAUCAUGGCCAUCCGGCGAAACCGCGUCGCCCUGAAGGGAAACAUUGAGACCAACCACAACCUGCCCCCGUCCCACAAAUCCCGGAACAACAUCCUGCGCACCAGCCUGGAUCUCUACGCCAACGUGAUUCACUGCCAGAGCCUCCCGCGGGUGCUGACGCGGCACCGGGACAUCGACAUCCUCAUCGUCCGCGAGAACACGGAGGGCGAGUACAGCAGCCUGGAGCACGAGAGCGUCUCCGGCGUGGUGGAGUGCCUGAAGAUCAUCACCAAGGCGCGGUCCCUGCGCAUCGCCGACUACGCCUUCCGGCUGGCCCGCGACACCGGGCGCGCCAAGGUCACCGCCGUGCACAAGGCCAACAUCAUGAAGCUGGGCGACGGGCUCUUCCUGCAGUGCUGCCGGGAGGUGGCGGGCGGCUACCCGGAGAUCGCCUUCGACAGCAUGAUCGUGGACAACACCACCAUGCAGCUGGUGUCCCGCCCCCAGCAGUUCGACGUCAUGGUGAUGCCCAAUCUCUACGGGAACAUCGUGAACAACGUGUGCGCAGGGCUGGUCGGGGGCCCGGGGCUGGUGCCCGGCGCCAACUACGGGAGGGACUUCGCCGUCUUCGAGACC